AUGAAGCUACUCAACCUACUUGUUGCUGCUGCCGCGGCCGGCAGUGCAGUGGCGGCCCCUACCCACGAACACAAGAAGCGGGCGUCUGUUUUCGAAUGGAUCGGAUCCAAUGAGUCGGGCGCCGAGUUCGGCACCGCCAUUCCGGGAACUUGGGGUAUCGAUUACAUCUUCCCGGAUACUUCCGCCAUCGCGACCCUCGUCAGCAAGGGGAUGAAUAUCUUCCGCGUGCAGUUCAUGAUGGAAAGAUUGGUUCCGGACUCGAUGACAGGCUCGUAUGACGAGGCAUACCUAAACAAUCUCACGACGGUGGUGAACGCCAUCACGGCUGCGGGUGUCCAUGCCAUCGUAGACCCUCACAAUUACGGACGAUACAACAACGAAAUCAUCUCCAGCACCGAGGACUUCCAGACCUUCUGGCAGAACCUCGCCGGGCAAUUCAAGGACAACGACCUGGUCAUCUUCGAUACGAACAACGAAUACAACACCAUGGACCAAACCCUGGUGCUGGACCUCAACCAGGCGGCGAUCGACGGCAUCCGGGCGGCCGGCGCCACCUCCCAGUACAUCUUCGCGGAGGGCAACUCGUGGUCCGGGGCGUGGACCUGGGCGGACAUCAACGACAACAUGAAGGGGCUGACCGAUCCGCAGGACAAGCUCGUCUACGAGAUGCACCAGUACCUCGACUCGGACGGGUCGGGGACGUCCGGCGUCUGCGUGUCGGAGACGAUCGGCGCGGAGCGCCUGCAGGCCGCCACGCAGUGGCUGAAGGACAACGGGAAGGUGGGCAUCAUUGGCGAGUAUGCCGGCGGAGCCAACGACGUCUGUCGCACGGCCAUCGCGGGGAUGCUGGAGUACAUGGCCAACAACACGGACGUGUGGAAGGGCGCGGUCUGGUGGGCGGCUGGGCCGUGGUGGGCGGACUACAUGUUCAGCAUGGAGCCGCCUAGCGGCCCGGCUUAUAGCGGGAUGCUGGACGUUCUGGAGCCGUAUCUGGGGUGA